UUUGUGUAUACGUAGACAUUUCAGUUGGCUUUGUCACUUUCUGCUGGAGACCAUUUACUAUUAAGUUAAAAUUUGGUGGGACAACGUUGACAUCGUUUCGCUGCAGUUCGAGUAUCCAUCCAGUCCCGGAAAAAUGGUUGCAAAACAGAGAAUUCGCAUGGCCAACGAGAAACACAGCAAAAAUAUAACACUGAGAGGAAAUGUGGCCAAAAGUACGAGAAACGCCCAGGAUGAAAAAGUCUCGGUUGGACCAUGGCUUCUGGCGCUUUUCAUCUUCGUUGUAUGUGGAUCAGCGAUCUUCCAGAUCAUCCAGAGCAUCCGAAUGGGAAUGUGAGAAGGGGGCUCCGCCCGGCUGCCUGUACUCCGCCCCGCUCCCGGCCCAGUGAUAUCCCAGCAUUCCCCUCUCUGCCCUCCCGAUGGACGCCCCCCGCCCACCCGGCAAGGCUCGAGCCAUUAUCAUCCUGCUUCCGUUUCCGCUGUUUGUUUGGUUAAUUCGGGGCGUGGCCGGGCCGUUGUGUCCACCCCGAGACGGUCCCUCCUUUCCCUGUGCCUUAAAGUGGACCCCAAACGCGUGCGUUAGAAAGCCAUACCGGUCACGUUCCCGCAUUCCUGUCUGGGACCCGCGAUCAAAGAGCCCAAUGUCUCGCACAACUUUUUCUAAUCCUGUUUUUAAAAUAUUUGUAAUGCCAAUUAUGCAUCUCUUCUUGACCAUGCUGGACUCUACUUUGCCUUCUCUGUACAUGAUUACAGGCUAAUUGCAAAUCGUGUCCUCUUUAUUCAAGGGGGACUUAUUUUUAAGGUGUUUUUUUUUUUUUUCUUUUCUUUUUUUUUCUGGUGGGGAAUGGUCCACCUCUUAAGUCUUGUCCAGGAUGCGACCACUGAGAAGUCAGUAACUUUAUUCCACAGCUCUAUGAAAUGGAACAUAAAUUGUAAGCAGUGUAUGUCUUAAUUAUU